AUGUCUCGUAUAUUUUCCCAAAAAUGUUUUCCACAUCAUUUUGAAAGUAAAGAUACUUUUCACUUCGAAAAUUUUCAAACAUUUUCAGAAUUAAACCCACCCAUGGUCUUGAAGAUUGAAGUCUCUCCUCUACGAUGAUUCCUUAAAAUUCUUCUUUUAAAGGUGCUGCUGAAAUAUUGACAAUUCUUCGUCGACUUUUCUUUUUACUCGUUGCAGUAAGAUAAUAGAGUAAAGAAAGAUAUUCAGCGAGUUUCUGGUCAAUUUAAUGUCGUCGUCGAUGUUUAAAAUUUCUUGAUAAUUACGAAUUACGAAUUUCACACGCAGGCGUGAAAUAAACGAGAAUUCCUCGCGUUUGCAGUCACCGGAUUCGCCAACCGAGCCGCAGGAGCCUAUUCGCAGGAUAACUUCGAGCUACCCGAACGACUCGAGGUCUCCGUUCUACGAUCCUUCCGGCCUAGAUAUGAAACCGCUGGCCAGGCUUUACUUAAACCGGCAGAGGCUUUACGAGAAAGCCUGCGAGAAUACACCAGAAGACGCGGCAUCAUCCUCAGGCAUGGAUACCUAACAGAGCGUGCAAAAUGACACCGUGGGGUAGUUGGAGCGCGUGUUCGACGGCGUGUGGUCGUGGCAAUCAGCUCAGACAAAGACAUUACGAGGACACCGCGGCUGCAACUGAGAACAAAUGCAAUGUCUCAUUAAGCGAUAAGCGUCCAUGUCACGGACAUCAGUGCAACGGUGAGCGAAAGCCAGAAAAAGGAUGCAGCGAGUCGGAGGUACUGCGCGAAUGGAGCGAGUGGAGCCAGUGCACGACGACCUGCGGCCCCGGGAUCAGCACCAGAACAAGAUCUUUCAAGUAUAAGAAGCACAAACACUGCAGAUCCUCCUAUAGCAAAGAGCAACUUCAACAAACACGCGACUGCGAGAAUCCGGAGUGCGAUGAAACGAAUGGGGAAGAGGUAAGCGAGUCGCCUGACCAAAAGGACGAGAAUGAUAACGAUGAGGACAAUGGUAACAGAGAAGAUUACGAGGAGGACGAACCGGCGUCAGAUGGGGUCGAGGAAUGGUCGCAAAAGUGCGUCGAAGAGCGUUACAUGCAAUGGUCCCUGUGGUCACCGUGCAGUUCUAGCUGUGGUAGCGGUACCCAAACAAGAUUUAGGAUGACCCAUGAGGAUUGGCAUCAUGAUGACGUGGAUCCCACAGAGUGCAAGCACGAAGCAGUUCCUUGUCAAGCCAAAAUUGCAACGUGUAAUUUCACGAAAGAAGAAGCAGAAGAAUUUUGCAAAAAACCAAAGGAGGAAGGACGAUGCAACAGUAAUAUCAUCCGAUGGUAUUUCGAUAAAGAGAAGGGAUGUAAAUCGUUCAAGUAUUCCGGUUGCGACGGGAAUGAAAAUAAUUUCCCAACCGAGCAAGAUUGCAAGAAAGUUUGCGAUGAUUAUCAAAAGAAAUUGAAAUUUAAAGGCAUCGAAGCAGACAGUCAAAUGAAAUCAUCUUAUAAUGCGGAAGAUGUUGACUGUCAGGUAUCCGAAUGGAGUAGUUGGUCCAAGUGUGCAGGAUGUCGUGGAUAUAAAAAUAGUACAAGAGAAAUCAAGUUUCAGUUGACUGUAAAAUGACACAGUGGUCUAAAUGGUCACAUUGUACAGCCACUUGUGGGGAAGCAUCACAGCAUAGAACAAGAAUAGUCAAAGUUCAACCCCUUGGUCUAAAAAGUAAACUUUGCCCUUCUUUGAUAGAGUACAGAAAAUGUCAUACAAGGAGAUGUCCAUAAUAAGAUGUCCAUCCAUAUCUUUUACAUAUCCAUUUUUUAUUUUACUUCCUUGUCUUUAAUAUAUUUAAAUUUGAAAUUUUAUUUAUGUAUUUUAUUUAUGUAUCAUUAAAUCAAGCACAGUAAUGAUUUAGCGUGAAAUACAAUAGAAUUUUACAAUUAUACAUGAUAAAGAUGAUUAUAAAAUAUUACAAUCUCCUGAAAUGACGUAUUUUCCAAAAAAUUUUCAAAUAUUACAAAUAAAAAAUGACAAUCAGUACCUGUCUAAUUAUAAUACAAUAUACAAUACUAGCUUCGAAGAUGCUUGAUACAUUGAUACAUAAUAUCUUGGUAUUUAAUUUUUUUUCAAUUAUUUUAAUCGUAAAAUUUGAAACUAAGAAAAACAAAAUUAUCUUAAGUUGCAAGAUAUAUCUAAAAUAGUACUAAAUUGAACAUGCAUUGAAAAAACUCUUUUGUUUAUAGAUAAAUAUAGAAUAUUUAUAUUUAUAUGAUAAUUUUUGAAACGAAAUUAAUAUAUACACACGCACAAAUUAUUGUGCUACAUUUUUUAUCUAUUUUUUUGUUUUAAUUCUUUUGAAUUAUUUAAUACUGAAAAACGAUAGAUGUGCAUUAUGAUGGAUUAUGGUAUAUCAAAAUCAACUAUAUAUAUAAGUAAUUAUAAUAUAUAAUUACAUAUAUAUUACAUAUGAAUUUACACGUAAGUAAAUUUUUCAGUCAAAGAGGACUGCAUUCCAAUUAUUUAUAAAAAAUAUAUAAAAUAAAGAAACAGUAUAUGUUUUAUGUAAAGAAAAUAUGCAGUAAAUCUAUAUUUAAAUUAUUACUACAAAAUAUACUGUUUUUCAGAUAUUUUAGAAACUGAAACAAUCUAUGUAUAGUAGCAAUACAUAUAUUUAUCUGUAAGAGUAUUAUUAUGAAAUAUACAUUUGUGGCAUUUAUUAUAUACAAUUUAAGAAAAUAUAGAUCUCAAUUUAAGAUCAAAUUUAUUAAUUAGAAUUAAAUUAUUAAAAUUCUAUAUUUAAGAUGUAAGUAAAAUUAAUUGGACAAAUUUUAUUAACAUGGAAAGAACAUUUAUAAAUAAGACAGUUCUUGUAUGUGUAUGUGUGUGUAUGUACAUAUACAUACCACACACACACACAUACACAC